UCCUUUUCUGGCCUUACCCAUCUCCGUUCCAAGAUCAAGAUACGUUAUCAAAUUAAAUAACUAUCCAAUUUGAUUUUUCCAUAUUGAGAUUUGUUAACCCUAGUCAAGAACCUAUUUUCUUGUAAUUACGAAACUCGCAACCCUCUUUCCUCUCACAAUUGAAUCCCUAGAAACCAAUUCUUCUUCACCAAAUUCAUUCUCUUCUGAGCGGUCAUUGUGGGUGUUUCUCAAUUCUAACUGCAAUGGCCGCAUCAACUGAUGGUUCUUUGUUAUCUUCAGAUAUGCAUGCUCUGGGUAACCGUUCUUUGGUUCAACCACCACUUAAUUCAAAUGUGUCUUCACCACUUAAUUCAAGUUCUCUGGAAAAAGUUUCUUGGUGCUUAUUUCCGGGGCAGUCUUCGACAUCUUCGUCAAUUGAAACUUCUGGCGAGCAGAUUUUGACGAAUCUUGAUGGGUGUUGUUCUUCUGGUAACAACCUGAAUUCUAUUCCGUCAUCACCAUCUUCUUGCAGUAGAGACCUAGUUCACCACGAGUCUCGGGCUGCGUCACUGCCGAACCUAAAUCCGCUCUCGCCACCUCCGCCAAACGAAACCCUAGCCGAUCAUAAUCUGACUCCACCAUCUUUACCAGCUGAUAAUAAUCAGCCUUUAGUUCAUGAUCCAUAUGAACCAAUUUCUAUAAUUAUGCCCGAACAUAAUGUAUCUGCCGUUGAUAGGCCGUUUUCGCAACUGGAAAAGGAGAGGCUCAAUUUCUCAUUGUUUGGCCUUGAAGAAGAUGAUCCUGCAGAACAUCGCCCAUCAUCCGACAUGCAACGGUGUCCGCAAAAGGAGGACGACACUGCUUUUCCCCCAAGAUCGUAUAAUAGUGAAGACGAGGUUGUGGAGUGUAAACCAUGGACUCAAUCUCAGUGGAGUGCCCAAGAAUCUAGCCGGUCAGAAGCGCGGGAAUCCAAGGAAAUCAUAUCCACCGGUGUGGGUGCAGGGAUUUCAAAUUUAGGCAACACUUGCUUCAUGAAUUCAAUCCUGCAAUGCUUCACCCACACAGUGCCCCUGGUCCAGGCUCUUCAGACUUGCGAUCACCCAAUGCCUUGUGAUUGUAAUAGAGAAGGGUUCUGUGUUAUUUGCAUUCUUCGUGAUCACAUCCAACUAUCAUUACAUUCCUCGGGAAGGGUUGUCUCACCUUCAAGAUUUGUUGACAAUUUGGACAAAUUUUCCUCUUUCUUCCAGAAAUACCAGCAGGAGGAUGCUCAUGAAUUCUUACAAUCCAUAUUGGAUAAACUUGAACAAUGUUGUUUUGAUGUUAAGAAAAUGGAUGAUAGUUUAUCUUCCCAUGAUAUCAACAUUGUGGAACAGGUCUUUGGUGGUCGUCUCCUUAGCAGACUUCAGUGCUGCAACUGUGGUCACUACUCUGACACUUAUGAGGCCUCGAUUGGACUUAGUUUGGAGAUUGAAGAGGUGGACACUCUUCAAAGUGCCCUAUUAUCUUUUACCAGUGUGGAAAAACUUGAGGAUCCGGAGACAAAGUUUAAAUGUGAGAAUUGUAAAGAAAGAGUGUCAAAGGAGAAACAACUUAUGGUGGACCGGGCACCUUCAGUUGCCACAUUCCACUUGAAGAGAUUCACGAACGAUGGAACUUUUGUUGGUAAGAUUUAUAAGCAUGUGAAGUUCCCAUUGGAGUUGGACUUGCAACCUUAUACAAGUAGCUGCCAGAGUUGUGAAGAGGCAGAGCUCAAGUAUUACUUGUAUGCAUUUGUGGUGCACAUUGGAGAAUCAUUAACUUCUGGUCAUUACUUCUGCUAUGUUCGGUCCUCCCCGGAUACAUGGCACAAAUUGGAUGACUCACAGGUUACUAGGGUUGAAGAAGACUAUGUGCUAUCUCAGGAUGCAUAUAUAUUAUUCUAUGCCAGGCAGAAUACACCGUGGUUUUCAACUAUAUUUGAAGGGAUAAAUCCUAGAUUGGAAGCAAAUACAAAUUCAUCGCCCAAGUCAAUUCUGGAUGCAGUGAAGAAUGACUCUAGUUUUGAUCAUAGAAUAGGAGAUAAUGAAAAUUAUGAGGUGAAUAAAUCCAGCGACAAUGAAAUGACUGAAGAAAUGAAUAACUGGUCUCAGUUUAUUGGAAUGAGGAAUGCUGCUGAGAAUUCUGUUGAGAAUUCAUACAAAUCAAAGCAGAAUGGACCAGAGUUCAGAGAGUCCAAAGAUGAUACUCCCAUGAUUCAUGCUGCAUCACCACUAAUGGAUAGUGAGUAUGAGAAAUCACAAAAUGUGCUGCCUCUUGAAAAGAAUAAUUGCAAUCAGAGGGGUAUCAAAGUUGCAAAGAAUAAUAAUUCACCUUCCGCACUUGCAUUGGAGAGUUCAGGUGUUCCUAGGGAACAUCGAGAAGCAGUUUAUUGUAUUCCGCGAGAUCAUUUGAAAUUAGAGAAGCAAGGGAAUCGAAAGAGACCACUGAGCGAGGUUCCACUGGAUAUGAAUAAAAGUUUAGCUCUUAGAUGCCUGAAAAAGCACAUCUCCGGAUCAAGGGCAACAAUGCUUUCUGCUGCUAUGGGGGUCGGACAGGAUGGCAAUCUCAAUAAAAGGAAAAAAUUAAAUUCAACACCAUGCAAAAGGUCUAAUCCACCAGCUCAUCAUAAACACAACCGGGAAGAAGUUAUGCAGCCUGCAACUGCUUGUAGGUUUUUGUUCUGAUUAGAUACUUGUUUUGGUCAGCACAGAUAAAAGGUGCCUCAUACAAUUAUCUUGUGGAUGUACAUACUAUUACUGUCAAUUCUUUUAGCACAGUCUGCUCUUUGUUCUUGUAGUUAGGUGUGCUAAGGCUGUCAGUAGAACGUGGGUUUGUCCAUAUCUCCAGUCUAGGAAUAAAAAAAGUUGAAAGUUGAGAACUACCUUCCAACCCCUAGAUUAAAUAUGCCUUGCUUUGCAUAUUUUGGCAAAGGGAAUUACUCAGAUGGGGGAUGGGUUUAAAAUCAACUGUACGGAAUGGUUGGAUGUGAACAAAAAUAGUCCGGGCACUCAAAAGAAAGAAAAAAAAAAAGAUAUACUAGAAUGGGAAAUUAAAAUGCAGUGUCCAUUAUUUUGGCAGUAA